CCGAUAACACUUUCACAUCCUUUGUCAGCAUUGUCGAAAUAAAAGUUUGUUGUUUUGGUCGCUGAUUUUAGUUUUGUUAAUAAUAAUGUCGGCACCAAUAGAAAUUCCCUUGCGGGAUACAGACGAGGUUAUUGAGGUUCAUCCCGAUCAAUUGCCAGAAUGUCAAGAAGUACUAGCAAUUUUACGCCAGGAACGUUCCCAAUUAAAUACUUGGGUCAAUGUAGCCUUGGCAUACUACAAAGAGAAAAAAACCGCAGACUUCAUAAGACUUUUAGAAACUGCGAGGACCGAAGGUAAUACCGACUAUCGAGACAUGGAAAAGGAUCAAAUGCGGGCGUAUGAUAUGCUGGCUGCUCAUUACGUGCAGGAAGCAAACCGUGAAAAAUCAAAAGAAAAGAAGCGAGAGUUGUUUAUGAAAGCCACAAAUCUGUACACAACAGCAGACAAAAUUAUAAUGUACGACCAAAACCAUUUAUUAGGUAGAGCAUAUUUCUGCUUGUUAGAAGGCGAUAAAAUGGAGCAAGCUGAUGCUCAGUUCAAUUUCGUACUUAACCAAUCGCCGGCAAAUAUUCCAUCUCUUUUGGGAAAAGCAUGUAUAGCCUUUAAUAAGAAGGAUUACAGAGGAGCUUUGGCUUUUUAUAAGAAAGCUCUACGAACAAAUCCCAAUUGUCCAGCGAACGUGCGAAUGGGUAUGGGUCAUUGUUUUCUAAAAAUGAAUAAUCAAGAGAAAGCAAAGCAGGCCUUUGAAAGAGCACUCGAACUUGAUUCUAAUUGUGUCGGUGCACUUAUUGGUUUAGCUAUAUUAAAGUUAAAUUUGCAUGAACCUGACUCAAAUAAAUUAGGUGUACAAAUGCUUUCACGAGCCUAUACCAUCGAUUCUACAAGCCCGAUGGUUUUGAAUCAUUUAGCGAACCAUUUCUUUUUUAAAAAAGAUUACCAAAAAGUACAACAUUUGGCUUUACAUGCUUUCCACAACACCGAAAAUGAAGCCAUGAGGGCAGAAAGCUGCUACCAAUUGGCACGCAGUUUCCAUGCUCAGUGUGAUUAUGAUCAAGCUUUUCAGUACUACUACCAAUCAACUCAAAUUGCGCCAGCGAACUUUGUCUUGCCUCAUUAUGGACUUGGUCAAAUGUACAUAUACCGGGGUGAUACUGAAAAUGCUGCACAAUGUUUCGAGAAAGUUUUAAAAAUUCAACCAGGAAAUUAUGAAACAAUGAAAAUAUUGGGUUCUCUUUAUGCGAACUCAAACUCACAAGCCAAGCGAGAUAUGGCGAAAUCACAUUUAAAAAAAGUUACUGAACAGUUUCCUGAUGACGUGGAGGCAUGGAUAGAAUUAGCUCAGAUAUUGGAACAAAAUGACCUUCAAGCAUCCUUAAACGCUUACGCUACUGCAUCAAAUAUUCUAACUGAGAAAGUUAAAGUUGACUUACCGGCAGAAAUAUUAAAUAAUGUUGCGGCACUACAUUAUCGUGUCGGUAACUUAGCUUUAGCCAAAGACAAGUUAAAUGAAGCAAUACAGCGAGCUAAAGUGGAAGCAGAAAACUCGAGUGCAGACAAACAAUAUUAUGAUUCCAUUUCUGUUUCAAUGACAUACAACUUGGCUCGUCUUAACGAAGCUAUGUGCAGUUUUGACGUGGCAGAUAAAUUAUUCAAAGACAUUUUAAAAGAACAUCCGAAUUAUAUUGACUGCUACUUACGAUUAGGCUGCAUGGCUCGUGAUAAGGGUCUCAUUUUCGUAGCAUCCGAUUUCUUCAAAGACGCAUUAAAUAUCAAUAAUGAUAAUCCAGAUGCACGAUCUCUAUUAGGAAACUUACAUUUGGCAAAAAUGCAGUUUGCUCUGGGACAAAAAAAUUUUGAAACUAUUUUAAAAAACCCAGCAACUGCUACAGACGCUUAUUCACUGAUUGCACUUGGAAAUUUUUCACUGCAAACGCUUCAUCAGCCCAUUCGGGAUAAGGAUAAGGAAAGAAAGCACCAGGAAAAAGCUUUAUCAAUAUAUAAACAGGUUUUGCGCAAUGAUCCAAGAAAUAUUUGGGCUUCUAACGGUAUUGGUGCUGUACUGGCACAUAAAGGAUGUAUUAUAGAAGCCAGGGAUAUAUUUGCACAAGUACGAGAAGCCACGGCUGAUUUUUCUGACGUUUGGUUAAACAUUGCUCAUAUAUACGUUGAGCAGAAACAAUACAUAAGCGCAAUACAAAUGUACGAAAAUUGUAUGAAAAAGUUCUACAAACAUCAUAAUGUUGAAGUUAUGCAGUAUUUGGCUCGUGCCUAUUUGCGUGCAGGCAAACUCAAAGAAGCAAAGAGUGUGUUAUUAAAAGCAAGACGUGUUGCGCCUCAGGAUACGGUUUUACUUUUUAACAUUGCGGUGGUGUUGCAACGCUUGGCUAUGGCCAUAUUAAAAGAUGAAAAGUCAACUUUAGAUGUGGUUUUGCAAGCGGUACAUGAGUUGGAGCUAGCGCAGAGGUAUUUUCAAUAUCUUUCGAUUUGUGGUGAUAAGACUCGCUUUAACAUUGAGAUAGCUGGUCUAGAAGCUAAUCAAUGCCAGGAUCUCUUAUCUCAGGCACAAUAUCAUGUCUCGCGUGCUCGUCGCAUAGAUGAAGAAGAAAAGGCAUUGCGUCGUAAGCAGGAAGAUGAACGUAUGGCCUUUAAGAUGAAACAAGAAGAAGAACGCAAACGUCGUGAAGAAGAACAAAAGACGUCUCGAGAGCAGAUGCUUGUCAAGCGUCAAGAAUAUGUGGAGAAAACAAAGGGUUUGCUCAUUAUCUCCGAAAGUUCUCAACCAAAAGAGCGGAAGAAAGGGAGCGGUCGGCCACGGAAAGAUGGCUAUGUUUCAGACUCUGGUAGCGAUGUUGGUGAAAUUGAUGGCGCUGAACGUUCUAAAAAGAAGCCAAAAGAACGUAAAAAAGGCGGUGGUAGAAAACGGAAGUCGGCUGCAGACAAAUACGACAGUGACAGUGAUGGUGAUAUGCAGCCUAAAGAAAAGAAACAGAAAAAGAAAAAAGUUAAGGAAGGCAAGGAUACCACAGAAAAACUGUCAGCUAAGCAACGUCUUAAAAUUGUUUCAAAAGCUACUAUAUCUACUAGUGAAUCAGACAGCGACGUCGGUGGACGUAAGCGUAAACAAAGCAUCAAUAGCGGUAGUGAAAGUGACGGCAGUGUUGGAUCGAAGCGUGGGCGACGCAUAUCCAGAUCACCUUCGGAACAACGAUCCCUUAGUGGAAGUAGAUCACGUUCUGCUUCUCGGUCUAGAUCUCGUUCACGAUCCCGUUCUCGUUCUGGAAGCGGUUCUGAAAGGCGUUCGAAUUCGCGUUCGCAAUCACGAUCGCGUUCACGUUCACGAUCAAAAUCAGGUUCGAAAUCCAAAUCACGAUCACCCCCGCCAUCGAGAUCUUCGCGCUCUGCAUCUUCUUCACCGUCACCUUCGAAAAAUAAAAAAUCUGCUUCUCGUAGCCCUUCAGUUUCGCAAUCAGAUUAAAACGGCAUGUUAUUAUUAUAUUUAAUGUAUUUGUUUCAAUACAAUACCUUUAAUAAAGAAUGAAAAUUGAGUACAUAUUCCCAAAUGAAUAAUGAUACAUAAU